AAAGUUUUAGGUAUUAAAUAUAUAAAUAGGAUGUUAUAGAAUGAUAUAUAUGUAAAUUUUCUUAAAAAAAAUUGUUCAUAUUUUUUAUAGAAAAAUAUUAUUAUUAUUAAUAUUAUAUAUGUGGAUAAGUGAAGAUGGUCCGUAGGACAAAGCAAUCAACUCAUUGAGCGGCACUUAAAUGCAUUCGUCCCUUUGCUCCACGUCUUGUACCACACGCACCCAUUGCUCGACCAGAUGUGGGUCCCAUCACCCACUGUUCCUCACCACACUGUCAUCAACGCCGUCCCGACCAAAACUUCCGACCCAAAAACCGACCAAAACGGCCCAACCACAACCGUCCGAUCGCGCGUCCACGCCCAUAAAUAACUUCCCUCCUCAGCCCGCCCCGGCAAAUUCCAAACCCGAGGAGGAAUCCUGCCUUCUUUGGGCCCCGCAAUGCCUCCUCCUUCCCCCGCACAUGGCUUGUCCGCGUCACCCAAACCCCCUUCAAAAAACCACCAAUCCCCCUCCUCCGACUCCCCGCUCCUCCCGCCGGCCAUGCCGAUAGACCUCGCCGACGAUCUACAGAGCCUUAGCUUCGGCUCUCAGACCGUCUCCACUACUUCAGGUUCAUCUUCCUCGUCCUCCUCCACCUGCGAAUCUCUAAAGCCGUCGCCGUCGCCGAUCAUCGCUUCCGGCGCUGAUCCCUGUCUCGAAGCGAUCCGCAGGAUCGCCAAUCCCGACGGUUCGAUCGCGAUCUCCGACCUACGCUUCAUCCAGCGGCUAGGGAGCGGGGACAUCGGCAGCGUGUAUUUGGCCGAGGUGAAGGGUAAUGGCGGAGUAGUUUUGGCGGCAAAGGUGAUGGAUAAGAAGGAGCUGAUUGGGAGGAAUAAGAGCGCGCGGGCCAAGACGGAGAAGGAGAUCCUGGAGAUGCUCGAUCAUCCCUUCCUCCCGAAGCUAUAUGGAUGCGCAGAGAACGACAGGGUGACUUCUCUUCUCACGGAAUUCUGCCCUGGCGGCGAUCUCCAUGUUCUACGGCAGCGCCAGCCCGGCAAGCGGUUCGACGAGCACGCCGUCAGGUUCUACGCGGCCGAGGUGGUGGUGGCGCUGGAGUACAUGCACAUGCUGGGCAUCAUCUACCGCGACCUGAAGCCGGAGAACGUCCUCGUCAGAGCCGACGGCCACAUCAUGCUCACCGACUUCGACCUGUCGCUCAAGGCAGACUUAGGCUGCUCCCCGGCCGCGCAACUCAUCCGCAGCCACCAACCCACCCUCCCCUCCUCCAGCCCCCACCCCAAAGACCGCGCCGCCACCACCGCCUCCACCGCCUCCACCGCCGCCAACACCAACUGCAUCCUACCCAACUGCAUCGUCCCCGGCGUGUCCUGUUUCCAGCCGACCCGCAGCCGCGUCAAAAAAACCAACCGACGCGGCGGUCCUGCCGGCGGGCUGGUCUUCGUAGCCGAGCCCAUUGACCUCCGUUCAAUGUCGUUCGUCGGCACGCACGAGUACCUCGCCCCGGAGAUUGUAUCCGGCGAAGGGCACGGCAGCUCGGUGGACUGGUGGACGCUGGGAGUUCUAAUCUUCGAGUUAUUGUACGGCGCAACCCCGUUCAAAGGUUCCGACAACGAGCUGACCCUCGCGAACAUCGUGGCCCGCGCGCUCGAGUUUCCUAAAGAAACAAUCUUGUCGGCCCCUGCGCGGGACCUCAUCGCCGGGCUCCUUGUCAAGGAUCCGGCGAACCGCCUGGGAUCCACUCUGGGAGCCACCGCAAUCAAGCGGCACCCGUUCUUCAGCGGCGUGAACUGGGCGCUGCUCCGCUGCGCGGCCCCACCGCACGUCCCCCCGCCAUUCUCGGCCACCUGCCGCGAUCUCUCCGACGACAGCUCCCCCGGGACACCAGUGGAGUACUUCUAGCUUGUCCUGUUCGCCCAUUGCCGUCGGUUGGGGAGAUCGCGUUGCAGGCUUUCCGCACCGGAUCAAGGGGAAAAGCGCAAAGCGCAGGCACGCGCAGCAGAAUAUCAUCUAUGAGCUUAAAAGGUAUUAAAUUUAAAUAAAUAUAAUUAUUUUCAAGCUCAUUUGAAAAAAAUAAUAAUAAUUGAGUUAGUAUAUUCUGAAUAAAUUUUCUGAUCUUUUAAAUUUUGGAAUCUGCUGUAAUAUAAUAAUUCAUUUAUAUAUUACAGAACAGAUUAAAAAAUUUAAACUUUUUCUCGAUCACUUUUUUAUUCAGACAUCCUAACAUUAAUUACUCCCUAUUUUGAUGUAAAUUAUAUGAAGAUCCAAUUUUGAUAGCGAGUUUGUGAGUUCUUUAUAAACAGGAUUAUAGGAUUAGAGUUAGAUUAUGUGAGAUAAUUAAAGUGUAAAUUAAGGGCCCCCUGCGUACAUAAAGAUGAGAUUCGGGCAGAGAGUAGAUGCAUGAAGGACUGGUAAUGAUCCACAGUGUUGGAAGGCGAUUAACGGUGAUUUGUACUUUUGUAGUGAAGUGGAUUUAAGAAGAUAUAUAUAUAUAUACAGAUGAGACUAA